CUAGCAAGCAUGGAGCAUGGAGAUAUUGUGAGCAAGGGCAAGGGCAUGGUCUCCCAUCCUUCAAGUUCCUACAAACAAAUCAUAAUAGUUGCGGCAAUUGCAGCCGGCCUCCAAUUUGGUUGGGCUCUCCAGCUUUCGUUGCUCACACCUUACGUACAACAACUGGGAGUUCCACGCACAUGGUCAUCUUUCAUAUGGCUUUGCGGCCCAAUGUCAGGCCUCAUUGUGCAGCCCACUGUGGGAUACUACAGCGAUCGUUGCACCUCUAGGUUUGGGCGUCGUCGGCCCUUCAUUGUUGCUGGGGCUGUCUUUGUGGCGGUUGCAGUUUUCCUCAUAGGCUUCGCUGCAGACAUUGGGCAUUCCGCGGGGGACGAGCUUGCCAAACGCACAAAGCCAAGGGCUGUGGCCAUAUUCGUGGUUGGAUUCUGGGUUCUUGAUGUGGCUAACAACAUGCUCCAAGGCCCUUGUAGGGCCCUGUUGGCAGACAUGUCUUGUAACAACCACAAAAAGAUGAGAGUGGCCAAUGGGCUGUUCUCCUUCUUCUUGGGCGUAGGGAAUGUGUUGGGGUACGCAGCUGGGGCCAAUAGCCAACUCCAUACACUCCUUCCAUUCACAAUCACCGAAGCAUGCGAUGUUUAUUGCGCCAACCUCAAAACCUGCUUCUUGAUAGACAUCGUGUUUCUCCUCACGGUUACCACGUUCGCGAUGUUGAUGGUGGGUGAGAAGCCGUGGGAGCCCAUACACAUGGACGGAGAAUCAACGCCCUUCUUUGUGCAGUUGAUUGGUGCGCUGAAGCAGUUGUCGAGGCCCAUGUGGAUCCUGAUGCUGGUGACAGCCUUGAAUUGGGUGGGUUGGUUCCCAUUUAUAAUGUACGACACCGACUGGAUGGGUGCGGAAGUGUACGGAGGAAAGCCGAAAGGGAGUCCGGAAGAAUCCAAGUUGUAUGAGAUGGGUGUUCGAGCAGGGGCGCUGGGGCUGAUGAUAAACUCCUUCGUGCUCGGGUUUUCCUCUUUGGGGAUAGAGCCAUUGAGCCGUAUUGUAGGAGGGCUCAGGUGGGUGUGGGGAAUUGUGAACAUUAUAUUUACGGUUUGUAUGGGAGGCAUGGUGGUGGUUACAACGGUGGCAGAGCGUUGGAGGUCGGUUCAUGGGUUGGCGCAUCCGCCGCCCAACGUCAGGGCUGGAGCCUUUUCAAUCUUUGCAGUGUUGGGCAUUCCACUUUCGGUCACUUUCAGCGUUCCCUUUGCGCUGGCAUCUAUCUUUUCUUCAAAUUCCAACGCGGGGCAAGGGCUGUCCUUGGGAAUCCUGAACCUGUUCAUAGUGAUCCCACAGCUUUUAGUGUCGGCAGUUAGUGGGCCCUUAGACGCAGCCUUCGGGGGAGGGAACUUACCGGCGUUCGUGAUGGGUGGAAUUGCGGCCUUUGCAAGCGCCAUGUGUGCCAUCUUCCUGCUCCCCGACCCACCACCUCAGUCUGAUGUGUCCUUAACAAUGGGCGGUGGCCAUUGA